AUCGCAUGCUCAAGUUUGGCGGUUUUCGAAAAUCGUAUCUUUAUUUCUGCUUGUUAAACUUAAUUUGCACAAUAAAAUGGCUGAGAAAUUGGAGGAUCUGAAUCUACCGAUGACGGUCGUCACGAGAAUAGUGAAAGAAGCUUUGCCCGACGGUGUGGCGAUCUCAAAAGAAGCGAGAACUGGCCUAGCGAAAGCGGCUUCAGUGUUUGUCUUGUAUAUCACAUCUGCCGCUACGAAUAUCGUCAAAAACAACAAAAGGAAGGCUUUAACUGGCCAGGAUGUUAUUGAAGCGCUUGCAGACAUCGAAUUCGAGAGGUUUGUGGAGCCUCUAAAGGAAUCUUUAGAGCAGUACAAGCAAAUGGCAUCAGCGAAGAAAACAGCCGGAAAAAAGAAAGAUGAUGACGAAGUUAUGGAGAUAAUUGAUGAUGAAUGAAUGUUUUAAGUGAUGGACUCUAAACAAGUGUAAAAAACUAUAAUUUGUACAGCAGCGGCAAGUUUUUGAUGUUUUAAUACAUAUAUGACUUUGGUCUGGUAAACGACUGCUGUUUCCAAUGUAUCAAUUAUUGUAUGCUAAUUGUGUCCAAUAUGGUGUCCUGUGUCCAUGGUGUCUACAACUCAUGUGAGCCAAUAGCGUUAAAUGUUUUCACUAAGUUAGAUCUGCAACAAAAACAACAAUUUACUGGUAAACUAGCAAAAUCAAAUAUCUUGAGAUAAGUCUGAUGCCAUCACCCAAAUUCCCUUUGCCGGUCAGGUAGGACAAAAUUCCCGG